UUCCCCAGUUAUACACGGUUACACCUGAGUUUCGAACCGGCGAACAAAUGCCGCCAACUCCUCCGCUCGCCGCCCUCCACCGCUUCCUCGCCUCGCCGUCCCCGCCGCCGCUCCCCUCGCUGCUCACCCUCCACGCGCUCGCCGUCACAUCCGGCCUCUCCCCGCGCCCCGACUUCGCCGCCAAGCUCGUCUCCGCCUACUCCUCCGCCGGCCUCCCCGCCCUCGCCGCGCUCGCCUUCGCCGCCUCCCCCUGCCCGGACGCCUUCCUCUGGAACUCCCUGCUCCGCUCCCGCCACCGCGCCUCCGACUUCGCCUCCACGCUCUCCGCGCACCGCCGCAUGCGCGCCUCGGGGGCGCGGCCCUCCCGCUUCACCGCGCCCCUCGUCGCCUCCGCCGCCGCGGAGCUCGGCGCCCUCCCUGUAGGCGCCGCCGUCCACGCCUACUCCGUCAGGUUCGGCCUCCUGGAGGGCGAUGGUUCAGUCGCGGUCGCGUCGUCGCUGGUCUACAUGUACGCCAGGUGCGGCAGCGUCCGCGACGCCGUGAGGCUGUUCGACGAAAUGCCCGAGAGGGACGUGGUCGCGUGGACUGCCGUGAUCUCCGGGUGCGUGUGUAACGGGCAGUGCGGGGAAGGGCUGAGCUACUUGGUGCGAAUGGUUCGGUCUGCAGGUGAUGGCGGUGCGAGGCCGAACUCACGGACGAUGGAGAGUGGGUUGGAGGCCUGCGGGGUGCUAGGGGAGCUCUCUGUUGGGACAUGCUUGCAUGGGUUUGGGGUGAAGGCCGGGGUUGGACACUGCCCGUCGGUGGUUUCAUCGCUUUUUUCUAUGUACACUAAGUGCGAUAGCACUGAGGAUGCACGGAUUUUGUUCCCGGAGUUGCCGGAGAAAGAUUUGGUUUCCUGGACCAGCUUGAUUGGAGCAUACUGUAGGGCAGGCCAUGCUGAGAAGGCUGUGGAGUUGUUCCUGGGCAUGGAGGAGUCUGGUCUGCAACCAGACGAGGUUGUUAUUAGUUGUUUACUUGCAGGGUUGGGUAAUGAUGCUAAGGUGCGUGGAGGGAAGACGUUUCAUGCAGCUAUAGUGAGGAGAAACUUUGGAGAUAGUGUUCUGAUUGGGAAUGCUUUGAUCUCGAUGUAUGCAAAGUGCAAACAGGUUGAUAUUGCAGCCACGGUUUUCAGAAUGUUGCAUCAACGAGACACAGACUCAUGGAGUUCAAUGGUUGUAGCAUAUUGCAAAGCUGGACUUGAUUUGAAAUGCUUGGAGUUGUAUCGAGAAAUGCAGUUCAGAGACAAGGAUGAGUUUGAAUAUGACACCAACAGUUUGAUUUCCAUUAUUUCUUCUUGUUCAAGGCUUGGUAGACUACGAUUAGGUCAAUCAGCACAUUGCUAUUCAAUCAAACACUUAGCCGGUGAAAAUUCAUCAGUUGCAAAUGCACUAAUUAGCAUGUAUGGAAGGUGUGGUAAUUUUGACGUUGCACGGAAAAUAUUUGGUAUGGUCAAAACAAAGGAUGUUGUCACAUGGAGUGCAUUAAUUUCCAGCUAUUCUCACCUGGGGCAUUCAAAGGAUGCUUUGUUACUGUAUGAUCAGAUGCUCACUGAAGGUGUUAAACCCAACUCAGCAACCUUGGUCUCUGUCAUUUCAUCUUGUGCAAAUUUGGCUGCAUUGGAACAUGGAGAGCUCAUACAUUCUCAUGUGAAAGAUGUGGGGCUGGAGUGUGAUUUGUCAAUUUGCACAGCACUUGUUGACAUGUAUAUGAAAUGCGGACAACUUGGCAUCGCAAGAAAAAUGUUUGAUUCCAUGCUCGAAAGGGAUGUUGUUACUUGGAAUGUGAUGAUAUCAGGCUAUGGGAUGCAUGGUGAAGCAAUACAAGCAUUAAAACUUUUUAGUAUGAUGGAAAGAGGAAAUGUUAAGCCUAAUAGCCUCACUUUUCUUGCCAUUCUGUCUGCUUGCUGCCAUGCAGGACUUGUUGACAAGGGCAGGGAGUUGUUCACUAGAAUGGAGGAAUACUCCCUUGAGCCUAACCUGAAGCACUAUGCCUGUAUGGUGGAUCUUCUAGGGAAAUCUGGGCAUCUUCAAGAAGCAGAAGAUGUGGUUUCUGCAAUGCCAAUAGAACCUGAUGGUGGAAUAUGGGGAACUUUACUUGGUGCCUGCAAAAUGCAUGACAAUUUUGAAAUGGGUUUACGGGUUGCAAAGAAGGCGUUUGCUUCUGACCCAGAAAAUGAUGGGUACUACAUUUUAAUGUCAAAUUCGUAUGGUAGUGCUGAGAAAUGGAAUGAAAUAGAGAAACUAAGAGACAUGAUGAAGAAUCAUGGAGUGGAAAAGAGUAUAGGUUGGAGCACAAUUGAUAUUUGUGGGUAAGUUUAAUUGGAGCUAUGCCUUUUCCUAGGUCCUUGUGAGCAGUUGUGAUCUAGUUCAUCUUCUCUAUGUCAGAAAUGUUUGUCUUACAGGUUUAUGAAAAAUCAACUGACCCAAUGGCAGCAUUCUCUCUUUGAACAAUCUGAAUUUAGAAGUUCAGAGGAUAUGUGCAUUUCUUUUGUCUCUGGAAUCUGGAGUGAGUCAAUGGUCAAUGGAUUGACAGAAUGGGGGAAUGAGGUAGUAGAUUCAUCAGAAUUUAGGAACAAAGCCCAAAGGGUAAAUAUGAAAUUGGAGUUGGAUGUAAUGUAUGCUUCCUGAUGUGUCAUGGUUUCCACCAUAAAAGAGGGUUACUCUAUUGCGUGUAGACUGGAGAAUAUUCUCAGUAAUAUAAUGUGCAACCAUAUCAUAAAAAGAGAAAAUUGUCAUGAUUCAGCUUAAGGUGGCUGCCAUGCUUAUGUUCUUACGUCAUAGCACUGAGCCAGGUGAACUGGGACAUGGCAGUUGCAGCAUUAUGGCAGUGAAUUUCUGUUUUGUGCUGAUGGUUACAUCAUCUUGGUAAUUAUAACUGUGCAGAAUACUGCUUGACUAUGGGCAUAGGAACAUUAUGUGCAGUAUUCUAAAAGGACUAUUGUGUUGGCUUUUACAGCAACAAAAUACUGAAAUUGUGUCCUAUGGCUCGUGAUUAGAAAUGGACGUGCUGUGGUGGAGUAAAGACCUGUACAGGGAAAUCUUCAUUUGAAGAGUUCUUGUGAUAAAAUAUUAAGGGAGCUGGAUAGCUGGUGUUUUAGCAGCCUAUGCUGCUAGGAACACACAGGUAUGUAGUGGCCAUCAGUUGUGUUCUUGAAGAGUAACUUAACAACGUUUCUGAUUUUUGCUUUAUGAUUUGUUUGUUCAUCACACUAUUCUGGCAUACCUGAAAUUGUGGUUGAUAACUUGAUAUUGACAUGCUAUUCAUCUUGUUCUCGUUUCCUUCUUGUGUCGAAGCACUGAAACCCCCAUACCAAGGGCACUCUAGAUACCUUGUACCCAAUCUGUGGUGUAACCAUGUAAGGUCGGAUCACUCUGUUUCUUGGAGCUUAUGCUUAGUUUUUACUGACCCACUCUUCCAAGUUCCAUCUAUACCAUGGAAGAGAAAAUUGUUCACUUGUGUACUGAAAAGUCAACAUCAUGGGGAACCAAGCUAGAAAGGAACAUUGAGGAGAUCAUCCUUGGUAGUUUUCUGUUUGGUGCUUACUGAAUUACUAUAUUGGUACUGUAGCUACACUGGACAUUAUUUGGCAAUGACUGUAGUGAACUAGGCAGCUUUUCAUAUAAGUACUGUUAUAUCGCCACAAUUGUUGAUUCUAAAAGAACUACACAUAUUUGAAGAUGCAUAACCCACAGUUCAUGGUACGGUACCUCGCACGUAAAAAUUUGAUACGUAGCUCACUCUGCACUUGAUCAGGCAUUUGUAAAUGCAAUGUGGAACCAAGUAUUCUUUUCGUAGAGGCACAUUUUAGUGCUUCCACUUUCAUUAUGUUAUAUCAUGAACGGGUUCUUCUGUGGGCAGGUUCAUGAUCUUUUUGUAGCGAGGACUUUCACAGGUUCAACAAAUCCAAUUGCCCACUCCCACAUUACUUGCGAUGACUUCCUUUUCUUCUGCAACCAAUACAACUUUUCCUUUUAAUCUUUAUUAUGCUCAGCAAUCAUUCAUUCUUGGAUUCCUGAGGAGCAACCUAACAGAAGACCCAACUUUUAUCUAGCUGAACUUCCCAUGUGGAAGGACAUAUCUCGUACCAGAGCUAUGAGGUAGAGUGGGUUAUCAUACCAAAAUCUCCACAUGCUUUUGGUGCCACAUACCCACAACGAUCCGAGCUAGUGGCGCUGGUAGCACUUCACUGGAGCAAAUGAUAGUAGCCGCAUAUGCAGGUAAGAGUUUUUUUCCCCCUAAUAUGAAGGUAAGAAGGCCACGAAAGAUAAACAGAAAAUCAUUCCCAUCUAGAAACAAAGAAAUGAACUCAUCAUCAUCAUCUUAUGAAAACAAAACAGGGAUAAUGAUGGAGACAUGAUCGUUUGUUGUGGCGCUUUAAUAAUCCUGUUAGAAGAGAGAAAACAUAACAUUCUAGUAGGUUCCUUGACCUUUUCCUUU